AGAGUCGCAAAGCACUGUGGGUACUGUCAUGGCGGCGUACGCUGCUUGAGACCAAAACGUUUCGUUUCCCUUUGACGCUGUUGUUAAAUUGUAGUAAUAAUAAUACUAAAAGUUUGGCAAAAAUAAUAUUUGGUUUAACAAGACAACAAAAUGGCGUCAACCGCGGCAGGGAAGCAGCGGAUACCGAAGGUGGCGAAGGUGAAAAACAAAGCUCCCGCAGAGGUUCAGAUCACCGCUGAGCAGCUGCUGAGAGAAGCCAAAGAGAGGGAGCUCGAACUUCUGCCUCCGCCACCAAAGCAGAAGAUCACAGAUCAGGAGGAGCUGAACGAUUACAAACUGAAGAAGAGGAAGGGCUUUGAGGACAACAUCAGGAAGAACCGCACAGUCAUUAGUAACUGGAUUAAAUACGCACAAUGGGAGGAAAGCCUGAACGAGAUCCAGAGAGCUCGCUCCAUCUACGAGCGAGCGCUGGAUGUCGACCACCGCAACAUCACCCUGUGGCUGAAGUACGCCGAGAUGGAGAUGAAGAGCCGCCAGGUGAACCACGCCCGCAACAUCUGGGACAGAGCCAUCACCAUCCUCCCACGGGUCAACCAGUUCUGGUACAAGUACACCUACAUGGAGGAGAUGCUGGGGAACGUCGCCGGCUGCAGGCAGGCGUUUGAGCGCUGGAUGGAGUGGGAGCCCGAAGAACAGGCCUGGCACUCAUACAUCAACUUUGAGCUCCGCUACAAGGAAGUGGACAAGGCCCGCACCAUUUAUGAGCGAUUCGUCAUCGUUCACCCCGAGGUGAAGAACUGGAUCAAAUACGCUCGGUUUGAGGAGAAGCACGGAUACAUCGCCCACAGCAGGAAGGUGUACGAGAGGGCGGUCGAGUUCUUCGGAGAAGAAUAUGUGGACGAGAACCUCUUUGUGGCGUUCGCCCGGUUUGAGGAGACGCAGAAGGAGUUUGAGCGCGUGCGGGUGAUCUAUAAAUACGCUCUGGACAGGAUCCCCAAACACCAGGCCCAGGAGCUCUUCAAGAACUACACCAUGUUCGAGAAGAAGUUUGGAGACCGGAGGGGAAUCGAGGACGUGAUCGUCAGCAAACGGCGCUUCCAGUACGAAGAGGAAGUCAAGGCAAACCCACACAACUACGACGCCUGGUUCGAUUACCUGCGCCUGGUGGAGAGCGACGCCGACCCCGACACGGUGAGGGAGGUUUACGAGAGGGCCAUCGCCAACAUCCCGCCCAUCCAGGAGAAGAGGCACUGGAGGCGCUACAUCUACCUGUGGAUCAACUACGCCUUGUACGAGGAGCUGGAGGUGAAGGAUCCUGAGAUGACGAGGCAGGUUUAUAAGGCCUGUCUGGAUCUCAUCCCCCACAAAAAGUUCACGUUUGCAAAGAUCUGGCUGCUCUACGCUCAGUUUGAGAUCCGACAGAAGAACCUGCAGGGAGCCAGGAAAGUCAUGGGCAUGGCCAUCGGUAAAUGCCCCAAGAACAAGCUCCUGAAGGGCUACAUCGAGCUGGAGCUGCAGCUCAGAGAGUUCGACCGCUGCAGGAAGCUCUACGAGAAAUACCUGGAGUUCAGUCCUGAGAACUGUACCACCUGGAUCAAGUUCGCCGAGCUGGAGACGAUCCUGGGCGACGUGGAGAGAGCGCGCGCCAUCUUUGAGCUGGCCAUCGGUCAGCCGCGCCUGGACAUGCCCGAGGUCCUGUGGAAGUCGUACAUCGACUUUGAGAUCGAGCAGGAAGAGUUUGGAAACACCAGGAACCUUUACAAGAGGCUUCUGCAGCGCACGCAGCACGUCAAGGUCUGGAUCAGCUACGCCAAGUUUGAGCUGUCCAUCGACGACCCCGAGAGGCUGGAGAGGUGCCGGCAGAUCUACGAGGAGGCCAACAAGGGCAUGAGGAGCUGUGAGGAGAAGGAGGAGCGGCUCAUGCUGCUGGAGUCCUGGAGGGACUUCGAGAGGGAGUUCGGCUCCGACUCCACCAGGGAGAGAGUCAGGAAGCUGCUGCCGGAGAAGGUGAAGAAGAGGAGGAAGCUGACGGCCGAGGACGGGUCGGACGCUGGGUGGGAGGAGUACUACGACUACAUCUUCCCAGAGGACGCCGCCAACCAGCCCAACCUCAAGCUGCUCGCCAUGGCCAAGAUGUGGAAGAGGCAGCAGGUGAACACCAACGAGGAGACGCUUCCAGAGGAAGAGACGACGGCGGCGUCUCCGUCUUCUGACGAACCGUCGACUCAACCUGAGCAGCAGCCGGACGACGAGGAGAGAAACACAGAGACACACGACGACAACCGAGACCACGACGACGAUGAUGACGACGACGAAAGCAGCAGCAGCAGCAGCAGCGAAAGUGAUGAGGAGGAGAAUAAUAAUAAAGAGGAGGAGAAGAAGAGCAGUGAAGACGACAAAGAUUAGACUCGACGCUCACAUCCAGCCUCCGUUUUAUAGUUUUAUAAAUAAAAACAACAAGAAGCAGCA